UCCCUGCGGGAUCAUCCACGUGCGGGGACCCCUGCCCCCCAACCGCGUGUCCCACGGAGAGGUGCUGGAGUGGCAGAGGGGUUUCGAGGCCAGGCUGGCCCCGCUCCUGGCGGGUCCCGGGGCCGUUCCCGACGAGGAAGCCCAAAGGUUGGGCCGGAAGGACCCCGAGCAGGAGCUCGAGAAGUUCGUGAGCGCCAACACCCAGGAGCUGGGCAAGGACAAGUGGCUGUGCCCCCUCAGCGGCAAGAAGUUCAAGGGCCCCGAGUUCGUCCGCAAGCACAUCUUCAACAAGCACUCGGACAAGAUGAGCGCGGUCAGGAAGGAGGUUUUGUUCUUCAACAACUUCCUGAUGGACCCCAAGCGCCCAGCGCUGCCCGAGGGCAAAGGGGGGCCCCCCCCGGGCCCCAACGCAGGGUCCCACCCCUACCCCCGGGCCCUACGGGGGUCGCGGCAGCUACGAAACCUUCCGGGGCAGGGGGGGCAGGGGGUACCUGAACAAACCCCGCUCCAGGAUGGAUGCGGGGACCCUCGGGCCAUCGUCGAGUACCGGGAUUUGGACGCCCUGAGGGACGUCGAUUUCUUCUGA